CUUAUAAAAAGCACGCGGUGUUCCCGAGUCGCACCUUGUCUUCCCACUCUGGUUCUGCUGCACUCUCACCGGAACUCUGCCAACAUGAAGGUUGUUCUCGCCCUCGCUAUUGUCGCACUCUUCGGCAUCGUCAGCGCCGACCCACCUUUCUCCCUGUGCGGAGCGACACCCGAGCAAAGGCAUAACCUAGUAACCUGCGUGCGUGCCAAUGUCAACGAAGCGACUUCCCAGAAGCUCACACAGGUGAAGGAGCGCCUUCAAUGCGAGGACCUGGACUGCGUGUUCACUAAGAUUUGUGAACGGAGCCAUGACGAGCGCCAAACCCACUCGAACGCCUUCUUCUCGGACGAAUUGAAGACCCAGGUUCGUGCUGCUCUAACGACGUGCCAGUCAAGCCAGUGAUAUACGUCUUCAAUACCCUCUCGCUAUUACGCAUCAUGACGAACAUUAGAGCCAUGUACU